GUCAUUUUAACAUCCAUCCAUACAUGCCAUUUCUGUGUGUAUCUCACUGACACUGAGGCAGAGCUGUAGAAUACAGAGAAACAAACUUCUCACCACAGUUUUUUUCUUCUAUUUCUGCUCGACAGUGUUCAUCUUUAAGCCUCGGCACCUGCUUUGCAGAGAAGAUCACAUCUGAACGGAUCUCUCGUGGAUUUUAGCAAAAACAAUUCCUGUUUAGAUCAUCCAAAACCAGCUGCCACCAUUUCACCUCCAUCAGUCAUGUACAGCUCCAGCUACUCCCGGACAAAGUUUGGCCUGGAGGCAAGGGAGCCCCUGCACAAGCCCAAGGGGAAGAGCUGCGGCUACUACAUGAGGCUCGUCUUCUUCUUUUCCUCUCUGAUCCAGUCUCUGAUCAUCAUCAGCCUGGUGCUCUUUCUCAUCUAUGGACAGCCAGAGAAGUCUGCAGAGGAGAAGAGGGUCGAGGAAUUGGAGCUGAACUUCAACAGGCUGAGUGACAUCAACAGCCAGCUGAGAAAGGAGAAAGGCGAUUUGGGAGCUCAGCUGGGAGUUCUCACAGCGGAGAAAGCUGCUCUGGAGAAAGAGUUGGCGAAGCUGAAGACUGAUGCGAACAAGACCGAACAGAUACAAAAGGAUAAGUUAGCUAAAUGUGAGAAAACGAAUGCAGUAACACUCAGCAUGAUCACCCGUCGUCCCACCCCUCCGAUCCAGCCCCCUCCUGUGGUCACUACUAGCGGUGAAAUGAGGACUUUGCAGACACUCAACGCUCAGCAGAAAGCUUUGAUAAACCUCAUCGGUGCAAACUUCACCCAGACGGUUCAGUACCUAAGCCAGGAGAGAGACAACGCCCUCAAAGACCGAGACACACACCACCAGGAUGCCAUCACCCUGCGCAGGGAGAACACCAUGCUGAAGGAGCAGCUCACCACCUACACCAGGAAGUGCAAAGAGGACUUUGCUCACUCUUUGGACGGGAUCAAAACAGUGACCAGCGAUUUCCUGAACAAGAUCAACAACCUGUUUCCCCACCAGCUGACCUUUCACCUCACCUGUGACAGCCAGCAGGAGCAGAUGGAGAAGAUCAGAAACAGCUGCACAAACCUGUCCAGAGACGUGGAAAAUAAGUUCCAGCUGUAUCUAGACAACGUGGGAAACAAGGUGUCCGAGAUCCAAGCAAAGUCCAGUCGUCUGGAGGUGCAAAACUCAUAUUCUACUACUGAACUGCAGCAGUGUGAGCGCAAACACAGUGAGACGGUCGUAGAGGCAGCCAAGCAACUACAGCUCAAGCAAAAGACUCAUGACGACCAGGUGGAGAAAUUACUGAUUGAGCAGAACCGGCUGAGAGAACAGAAGAAGCUGCAGGAAGACAGUUUGGCCCUGAGAGACAAAGAGCUUCAGACCCUCCAGCAAAUGCUCUCUGCUCAGCCCAAUUCCAAGUCCGGUGUUACUAAAGCUUCCAGCCUACAGGCCUCUAUUGGAGCACUUGGCAUCAGUAAAACUCCAACGGUGAGAUGAAAUGAACCAGAAGAGAAAUAACUGAAGGGACCCAUCAUGCACCAAAGUGAUGAAACAUUGAAACAUUUUAAGAAGGACAUGUAUAUAUUCCUGAUUCAACACAACUUGUAAAUACUCUAAGUUCACAUUAAUGACAUCUUAACUGUGCAUGCUUUUUUUUUUUUUUUUUUUUUUUUUUUUUUAGCUCUACGUUGAAUAUUAGAUUAAUUUGUGUUUUACUUGUACUGGUUGAUAGUUACAAUUCACUGUGAAUAGCUUUGGUAACUUACAAGGUAAAUGUACAAAUCUCCAUGACACUGGUGUAAAUAUUUUCUAUUGUGUGUCACUCAUGUGGUUUCUGCUGUUAGGAAAAACUUUUAUUUAGAAAUAAAAUAAAAUGAACCUAAUCUGACUCACUCUU